GAAAUGAAGCUCUCCUUGGUGACAUUCCUUCUUGUUUCUCUUGUUCUCAGCUCCUUUUUCUUUGAGGAGUCAAUGGCAGGUUACUGUUUCUACAAGUGUAAGGCAAGGUGCUCCAAGGCAGAGUUUAAAGAGAGGUGCAUGAAAUUCUGUACAAUUUGCUGUGAGAAAUGCAGUUGUGUUCCAUCUGUGGAUAUUGAGAACAAGCAUGAAUGCUACUGCUACGGGGACAUGAAGGACUACAAGGGAUUGCCCAUGUGUCCUUAAGCCCCGUGUUUGCUUUGCCUUUCUUUCCCAUUUCUCAUGGCAAUGUUGUGGAAGGUGUAUAUUUGCUUGUGGGACUGAACGUCUUAAAGAGUUGUGGACGAGGACCCAUUAAAUGUUUUCUAUUAAGCUAAUAUCAUCAAGGUUUCCAAUGAAUAAAUAGUGUUUUGAGUGGUUUGUGGAUAAGUUACCU